ACACAGUUUAUGAACGACGUUUGUGUCUUAGUAAAUAGCGCGGCAGUUAUCCAGUGGCGUUUUGAAGGAUAAAUUAUAGGAAUUUAUUUCUUUUGUCAUUGAAUGUAACCUGACCCAUUUGAUGGCUGUAGCCGUAACGAAUAAAAAUUUGGAAGUUGAUUGGCAGUUGUCAAAAGAAUGUGUACGGGACCGGAUUGAGACACUUUUGAAGACGUCGCAAUGGAGUGAUUGCACUUUCCAAGUGGGGGAAAAGACUGACUUUGAGGUAUUCAAAGCCCAUAAACUGAUCUUGGCAUCUUGCAGUCCUGUGUUUGAGGCCAUGUGCUUUGGCCCCCUUGCUGAGAAACAGUGCAUCAGUAUAGAUGAUAUGGAGCCUGAUGUAUUCCGAAUGUUGCUGGAGUACAUAUAUACUGAUUCCAUAAAACUGUCUUCAGUUGAAGAAGCGGGUGGAGUCCUUUAUACUUCAAAAAAAUAUAUGUUGCCUCAUUUAUCCCAUUUGUGUCGCAACUACCUUCUCAGUAAUCUGCGUCCAAGUAAUGUAAUAUCCAUAUUUGAAUUUGCGAAAGGAAUUCAAGAAACUGAGUUACUGGAUCCGUGCAUGGAGGUGAUGUGCAAGUACACAGAAGAGGUGCUACAAGGGUCAUGUGGUCACAUUUCACCUGCUACACUUGCUUCUAUAUUAGAUCAAAAAUCACUGAAUAUGAGUGAGUUAGAGCUGUUCGAGACACUUCUUCAUUGGGCUGAAGCAGAAUGUGAACGUCUGGGAUUGCAGCCGACAGGUACCAACCGUCGAGCUGUACUUAUGAAAGCAGGGGCCCUCUCAAAAAUACGUUUUCUGGUGCUCACACUACAGCAGUUUGCUGAAGGCCCUGAAUGUUCUGGAGUUUUGACGGCAGAAGAGAUUAGAGCCCUAAGAGAUGUUAUUUCAGACAUUGAGAAUAAUGCAAAUGUUCUGCCUGAAAAAAGUGAACCGUUAUCUGAUAUAUACUGGAACAAUUCUGUUGAUGGUGUGUCUCAUACUGCUGAAUCUGAUAAUAUUAUUCCUAAUAGUAAUGUUUUGAUGAAUGGACCAAAAUCACCUGAGAAAAUCUCACGCUUAUCAGUUCCCAAUGGUAUGAGCUGCUGCCUUCAUCCUCGUAAUCGCAUUGCAAUUAAACAGUUUUAUUGUGCAAGGCGGUUUCUCAAGACAGCCGUAACAGUGUCUGGAAGACUCAGGCUUCUGACCAAAGUGCAAGCCGACAGGAGCGUCACGGUGAUUGGAGUGCGAGUAUUUACACGACUUAUACCUCAGCGAGAAUUUACUUAUGCUCCUGCAUUUCCUCGUGACUAUCGAGAAAACAUGGAAGUGUGUGUGUUGGAUUAUGAGGGAGUGCCCCUGUGUCGAACUGUAUACACUGAUCUUGUAGAGUACAAUACAUUGGCCACUGUGACCUUGAGUGAACCAGUACGGUUUACGAGUGGUAAAGAAUACAGUAUUUUGCUUGUGCUGCCAUGCAGUGGCGCUCGCACGCAUCAAUACCCUCUGAGUUUCAUGUCUCAGACUGAGAAAACACAUGGUAUUGAGUUUCGGUUCUGUGAUCAUGCUGACAUAGACGGUACAGGUGCCUUUGUUCGACGUUUAGAUAUGGGAUUUGUAGAUGCUAUUGUAUUUUCUUCAUAAGUCUCAUAAAGGAUCUGAUGCCUUUCCAUAAUGGAAAGUUGGGAAUUUAAAUAGAUGUGCAUACAAUGGAAAAGACAGAAUAGAAGUCUGGAGUGUGACGACUCUCCACAACUCCAGACUAGACAUAUUAUUAGCUUUCAUUGACAUUACAGUCAGGAAAACUUCAAUAACAGAAUUAGCUCUUGCAAAAAGUUAUGUAUGUUCCCCUUGUUGAUAUUAUUUCAGAAUAGGAUAGUGGUUUAUAGAUUACAUAAUUAUAUAUGUUAGUAUUUCAGAGUAGUGAAAGUGCUGGAAAAUGGAAGAAGGAAAAGUUGCAGAUUGAUUUCUCUUAGCCAGGGUAACUCAUUGGGUGCGGAAAGUAGGCUCCUGCCUGGAUGACAAAGAAUCCACAUCUGACUCAUGGCAGGGGCAAGAGAUUUUCUCUUCCCCCACAGUGUCCGAACUGGCUCUGAGACCCACCCAGCUUCCUGUCUGGUGGGUACUGGAGGUGAAGGAGGCAGUGUUGGGUGUUCUGUUCCCAGGGGCCAGGGUGUGACACUGACUCCUCACCUCUGUCAAGUUCUGAGGUUAACAUUGCAUUGAGCUAUACCUUAAUCCAUGUUUUCAUCUUCAUGGCAGUGCUCAAUUAAACACAGAGACAACCCUACAUUAUGCCUUAAUUGUCUCUUAUAGCUCCAUCUUCCCUACUUUGUUUUCAACUUACAGUUCUUCCAGCCUUUUCAAAUGUUAAAGGCUUUCAUGCACCCUAUACCUCUAACACAGUCCAUCUGAUCAGUGACAUCAUUCUGCCAUUCUGGCAGCACUGGUCACAUUGAGAGAUACACAUUUAGAUGUGAUCCCUAGGUCAACAAGGGCUAUAAGGUUUUCUGAGGGGUGACAUAAGCAUAUGACUGAUGGCCUGGCUCUUUGGCAAGACUAAAGGAUAGAGGAAGAAGAGUCAGGCUGUUUUGUAAAGGUUGCUGUCAUCGCCCUUGUAUUCACCAUAGUGGCCGCACUGAUACACGUUUUCUGUUCCUUCAGUCACUUUGAAUACUCAGUGUUCUAUAAUUUCAGUUCCCUCUGGUAAUUAAUCACUCUAGCCAUCACCACUGGACUAGUACACUUCUGGUCUAAACUAUCCAAGUCUGAUUGCCUUCCUUAACUAUCCAUUGCACCUCUCAGGCAACCUUCAUUAACUACUCACUGCAGCUGUCCUGACUUCAUAAGGGUCACUAUUGUCCAUAAAGUAAAACAAACCCUUUUGGCAAAAUAACGUCCAUUUUCAUUGGAUAAAUAUCUUUAUCUAGCUCAUUAGUGCAGUCCUACAUCCAAUCAGGAUCACUGACUUCUCUGAUUGAGAAAGUCUCCCAGAGGUGUUCUCCCAUUUAUGUUUUGAUGCUGUUUGUCAUGUAAGUCAGUCUGCUAAGGCAGAACUGUUUUCCAGAACUGCAAAUCUGGGAACUAGGCAGCUAAUUACAUAAAAAUGUGGCCUUCCCUUGGUAACAGUAUUGCUGUCAGAAACUUUAACAGUCAGACCUAGAGGCCUGUAAUAAUGUGUAAGGUACUUUGGUAACUGUGCACACAACAGGUAAUAAAUAAAACUGAUAUUAAAAGUGUUA